AUGAGUAUAGCUAUGGCUGAAACAGAUGAGUCAUCCAUAUUAAGCCAAGGCCUACAAAAGGAGGUCAUCGACAGAAGUACUGGCAUUAAAGGAGGCCAAGACGACUCGAGGAAGUCCAAGGAAAAGGAGACCACAAAUACAGUUCCAUUUUACAAGCUAUUCUUCUCUGCUGAUCUUAAGGACAAACUAUUGAUGAUUGUAGGCACAAUUGCUGCCAUUGGAAAUGGGCUUAACCCGCCACUUAUGGCAUUUCUUUUUGGGGAGCUGGCUGAUGCUUUCGGAACAAACAAAACCCAGGACAUUACUCCUGUUGUUUGCAAGGUCUCACUAAAGUUAGUAUACGUGGCAGUGGGGUGUGGUGCAGCCGCAUUCCUUCAGAUGACAUGCUGGAUGGUCACUGGAGAGAGGCAGGCUGCACGAAUUAGGAGUCUCUAUUUGAAAACUAUUUUACAGCAAGAUAUUGCUUUCUUUGAUAAGGAAAUAAACACAGGAGAUGUGAUUGGAAGGAUGUCUGGUGAUACAGUUCUAAUUCAAGAUGCCAUGGGCGAGAAGGUAGGGAAGUUUAUACAGUUGAUGUCGACAUUUUUUGGAGGCUUUCUCAUUGCAUUUACUAAAGGGUGGCUUCUUACACUCGUCAUGUUAUCAUCUAUUCCUCCACUUGUGAUAUCCGGUGGAAUCAUGUCCUUUGUAGUAUCCAAGAUGGCAUCACGUGGACAAAAUGCAUAUGCUAGUGCUGCCACUGUCGUUGAACAGACAAUUGGCUCCAUCAGAACGGUUUCUUCAUUUACGGGGGAGAAGCAAGCUGUGGCAAAAUACGACAAGUCCCUUGAAAAGGCUUAUAAAUCAGGUGUACAUGAAGGGUUGGCUACAGGGCUUGGUAUUGGUUCAGUUAUGUUUAUGAUGUUCUGCAGUUAUGCUUUGGCUGUUUGGUACGGCACAAGAAUGAUCUUGAACAAGAGUCACACAGGGGGUGAAGUCUUCACGGUAAUUGUAGCGGUGUUAACUGGAUCCAUGUCUCUAGGACAGACAUCUCCUUGCAUGACAGCAUUUGCAGCAGGACAGGCUGCAGCUUACAAGAUGUUUGAGACUAUAAGUAGGAAACCAGAUAUAGAUGUAUAUGAUACGAAGGGGAAGAUUCUGGAUGACAACAUUCAUGGGGAUAUAGAAUUGAGAGACGUCUAUUUUAGAUAUCCAGCAAGACCAGAUGAGCAAAUAUUUAGUGGAUUCUCUCUAUUUAUCCCUUGUGGCACAACUGCAGCUUUGGUUGGACAGAGUGGAAGUGGGAAAUCAACUGUGAUUAGUUUGAUUGAGAGAUUUUAUGAUCCACAUGCUGGUGAAGUUCUGAUUGAUGGAAUUAGUCUCAAAGAAUUCCAGCUUAAAUGGAUUAGGUCAAAAAUAGGUCUUGUCAGCCAAGAACCUGUGCUUUUCACAGCAAGCAUCAAGGACAAUAUUGCAUAUGGAAAGGAUGGUGCAACUCUUGAAGAGAUCACACAAGCGGCCAAGCUUGCAAAUGCUUCUAAGUUCACUGAUAAAUUACCCCAGGGCUUAGAGACAAUGGUGGGUGAACAUGGUACACAGCUUUCUGGUGGACAGAAACAACGAAUUGCCAUAGCCAGAGCAAUUCUGAAGGACCCAAGAAUUUUACUUCUGGACGAAGCAACAAGUGCGCUAGAUGCUGAAUCUGAGAGAAUAGUUCAGGAGGCUUUGGACAGGAUUAUGGUAAACAGAACUACAGUCAUAGUUGCACAUCGUCUCGGUACGAUUAGAAAUGCCAAUAUGAUAGCAGUCAUUCACCAGGGGAAGGUGGUAGAGAAAGGCACACAUUUCGAACUACUUCAAGAUGUUGAAGGAGCAUAUUCUCAGCUCAUACGCUUGCAAGAAGCAAACAAAGAUGACAAGCAACUUGUCGAUGAAAAAGACAAAUCAAGUUUCGAUAUGGAAUAUGGUAAACAGUCGAGUAGAAGAACAUCAUUUCUUCAUUCCGUAAGUCGGGGUUCUGGGUCCUCUUGGUUAAGAAAUAGCAGUCGCCAUUCAAUGUCAGUCUCGAUUGACCUGCCUUUAACAUCUGAUAAGCCUCCAGAAGUUCCAAUCCGCCGGAUUGCCUACCUCAACAAGCCUGAGGUGCCAGUUCUAGUAGCUGGAGUUCUAUCUGCUAUCAUCAAUGGGGCAAUAGUUCCUAUUUUCGGAAUAUUACUUUCUAUGGUGAUUAAAACCUUCUAUGAGCCACCACAUGAACUACGAAAAGAUUCAAAAUUCUGGGCAUUGAUGUUUGUGGUUCUUGGAGCAGUGUCAUUACUUGCAUAUCCAGCCAGGACAUAUUUCUUUGGUGUGGCUGGGUGCAAGUUAAUAAGGCGAAUUAGAUUAAUGUGUUUUGAGAAGGUAGUUAACAUGGAAGUUGGUUGGUUCGAUGAGCUUGAACAUUCAAGUGGAGUAAUUGGUUCAAGGCUCUCUGCAGAUGCUGCUACAAUUCGUGCAUUAGUUGGCGAUGCACUUGCACAGAUGGUUCAGGAUGCUGCCUCAGCAGUUGUUGGAUUGGUUAUAGCUUUUGAUGCUUGUUGGCAGUUGGCACUUAUUGUACUCGCUUUGAUACCUUUGAUAGGAUUGAACGGAUAUGUACAACUCAAGUUCAUGACUGGGUUCAGUGCAGAUGCAAAGGUUAUGUAUGAAGAAGCAAGUCAAGUUGCCAAUGAUGCUGUUGGGAGUAUAAGAACAGUUGCUUCCUUUUGUGCAGAAGAAAAGGUGAUGGAAAUAUACAGGAAGAAGUGUGAAGUCCCGAUGAGAACAGGGAUAAGACGAGGAUUGAUUAGUGGAAUAGGUUUUGGUUUGUCUUUCUCGUUGGUAUUUUUUGCCUAUGCAACCAGCUUUUAUGCAGGAGCUCGGCUUGUUGAACAUGGCAAAACAACAUUUUCAGAUGUCUUCCGUGUUUUCUUUGCUUUAACAAUGGCAGCAAUAGCAAUCUCUCAAUCAAGCACAUUUGCCCCAGAUUCAAGCAAGGCCAAGGGUGCUGCUGGUUCUAUAUUUGCUAUUCUUGAUAGGAAAUCAAAGAUUGAUCCUAGUGAUGAAUCUGGCAUGACAAUUGAAAAUCUGAAGGGAGAUAUUGAACUAAGACACAUCAGAUUUAGGUAUCCAACUAGGCCAGAUGUCCAGAUUUUCCGAGACCUUUCUUUGACAAUACACAGUGGCAAGACAGUCGCUCUGGUUGGUGAGAGUGGAAGUGGGAAGUCAACAGUAAUCUCAUUGUUGCAGAGAUUUUAUGACCCGGAUUCAGGCCAGAUUAAGCUUGAUGGAGUUGACAUUCAGAAGUUCCAACUGAAGUGGCUAAGGCAGCAGAUGGGGCUUGUGAGCCAAGAGCCGAUGUUGUUCAAUGAAACAAUCCGAGCCAACAUUGCUUAUGGUAAGGAAGGAAAUGCAACGGAGGCAGAAAUCAAAGAAGCAUCGGAGCUGGCAAAUGCACACACAUUCAUUAGUGGAUUACAACAGGGAUACGAGACUGUAGUGGGGGAGAGAGGAAUUCAACUGUCCGGUGGACAAAAACAGCGAGUAGCCAUUGCACGAGCCAUUUUAAAAAGUCCAAAGAUACUUCUAUUAGAUGAGGCUACAAGUGCACUUGAUGCUGAAUCUGAGAGGAUAGUUCAACAUGCACUUGAUCGAGUAAUGGUGAAUAGGACUACAGUGAUUGUAGCACAUAGGUUAUCAACAAUCAAGGGAGCGGAUGUAAUUGCUGUUGUUAAAAAUGGAGCUGUAGUGGAGAAAGGGAAUCACGACACGCUUAUCAACAUCAAACAUGGUUUUUACGCGUCUCUGGUCUCUCUUCACAUGAAUGCUUAG